AUGCCGUCGCUGAAGGAUUGGGUGGUCGCUGGGCUCGUGCCCAUGACGAUCGCGAGUAGUACGAGUCGCUUGCCCAGCAAUUGCACGAACGGUCCAAGUAGCCGACGUUGUUGGCAGGAUGGUUUCGACAUCUGGUCCGACUAUACUGAUCCCAAGGUGGCUCCGCCGGGCAAAUUGGUCGAGUACGACCUCACCGUAACCCAGGUAACCAUCAGUCCCGAUGGCUACGAGAGACUAGGGACGGUGUUCAAUGGACAAUAUCCCGGGCCGCUCAUCGAGGCCGAUUGGGGUGACACUCUCCGGAUUACUGUUCAUAACAACCUCACGAAUGGCAAUGGAACCGCUGUUCAUUGGCAUGGCAUCCGUCUGUUUGAGACGAACUGGAUUGACGGAGUCCCCGGGGUGACGCAGUGUCCGAUUCCUCCCGGAGAAUCUCAGGUCUAUGAAUUUCGAGCGACUCAGUACGGCACGUCCUGGUAUCAUUCGCACUUUAGCUUGCAGUAUAGCAACGGGCUGUACGGACCGUUGGUUAUCCACGGUCCAUCUAGUAGCGAUUGGGACGUGGAUCUUGGCCCGUGGACCCUCACCGACUGGUAUCAUGAGGAUGCGUUCACCUUGAAUUGGAUCUCGCUCGCCGGCCAGCUCGCCCCCAUCCCUGUAUCGACAUUGUUGAACGGAAAAGGUACUUACGACUGUGACCCGGGCCUGGACCCGGCCUGCACCGGAAAGCAGGAGUAUUUUGAGACGACUUUCCAGCAGGGGACAAAGUACAAGAUGGCGAUCGUGAACACGGCCACUCUGCUCACCUACACAUUCUGGAUCGACGGGCAUAACUUCACGGUGAUUGAGGCUGAUUUCGUCCCCGUAGAGCCGUACUCGACCAAUGUGCUUAAUGUAGGCAUGGGACAACGAUACGAGAUUGUGGUCGAAGCAAAUGCAGACCGGACGCAGGGCUCCAGCUUCUGGAUCCAUGCGCACUACUGCGAUAUCCCGGACGUCAUCCCGAACAACAAGGUUGGGAUCAUCCGAUACGAUGAGAGCGAUACGAGCGAGCCAGCCACGCCUCCACUGAGCGAGCAGCAUCGAGACUUCGGAUGUUCGGAUCCCAGUCUGGGAGACCUGGUACCGGUCGUCAAGAAAACUGUCGGCCCGCGCGUCAACCAGAUCGGCCCGCACGACUACCUGACGAUCGGUGAACAAGGAAAGAUCCCGACCCCGUGGGAAAAGGAUCCUAGAGUGCAUUUAUGGACCAUCAAGAAUACGGCCAUGUAUGUCGAUUGGCAGACCCCCAGUCUCGAAAAACUCACCGCCGACCACGACGAGGAGUUCCCGCCGGAAACAGUCCCGGUCACCCUAGAUUUCGACACCGGAGAAUGGGUCUACUUUCUCCUCACGAGCAACUAUUCCCUGGAGGACGUCGUGACGCCGCGGAAUCUGACGCCUUCGGUCCACCCGAUCCAUCUCCACGGCCAUGAUUUUGCCAUCCUGGCGCAGGGCAAGGGCCCAUUCACGCCAGAUAUUGCGCCGCAGCUGGACAACCCUCCCCGGCGAGAUGUGGUCGAUGUGGAUAUCGGCGGGUACGCCUGGAUUGCGUUUGAGGUUGACAACCCUGGAGCGUGGCUGUUGCACUGCCACUUGCAGUAUCAUGCUUCCGAGGGUAUGGCGUUACAGUAUAUCGAGCAACCGAGUAAGAUCAAACCACUGAUAGAGAACGCGGGCGUGCUCAAUGAUUUUGGGAACCGAUGCGCCUCGUGGAAGCGCUACUACAAUGCGGUUGACAUUCCCAACGACAGACCUCAAGACGACUCGGGUAUCUGA